AUUCUAGUACAUAAUGACGAAACCAUGGAAGCCGUGCUAAGAAUUAAUGAGUCAUCUUGCUAGUAACAAAGUGCUGGAAGAAACAAAGUAACAGACAAAAGGCUAUGUUUAUUCAGUAACUUAGAGUAGAGGGCAGAACCCAGAUUAGUGACACACCAUCAACAUCAGUAUUUGCAGACAAUUCAAAACAUGAGGAGGAAUUUGAUGCCUUCUUUUAAUAAUCACAUAUUUGUUAAUGCCGUCUUUGGCAACGAAACGGCUUUUUAUAUGGCCUUUAAAAGUUUGGCUUUACCUUGUAAAGUAAACCUGGCAACCUUGUAGUGUGACCACACCGGUACCAGUCAGGGACUCUGGAGGACUCUUGUCUUGCUCGCACAACACUGAUUGAAACUUCUCAACAGACAGUAAAGAGAAACAAUUAAUCAUGAGGUGCCUGUGGGUAGUAGUGGUUCUAAUGGCUGUUGCCUCUGUGGAAGCCAGUGGACCAUUUCGUAAGAUGUUUUCUAAUCAUGGAAAUUUGAAUAUUCCUCCAUCUUUGUGGGGUGAUGUUGGAGACCCUCUCUUUUUAACACCACUUCUGGAAGCAGGAAAAAUUAAGGAGGCAAGAACCCUGAGUCAUGUGAGGCUUGGACACCGCCAUGGUCACAGCUUCUCUGGCUUUUUUACAGUCAACAAACAGUACAACUCUAACCUCUUCUUUUGGUUCUUCUCAGCUAGGACAGGAUCAGCUGAUGCCCCAGUGAUAGUAUGGCUUCAAGGGGGACCUGGUGGCUCCUCUCUCUUUGGUUUGUUUAAUGAGAACGGACCUUUCAGUAUUGAUGCCUCUCGGCACGUUGUUCCUCGCAACUUCUCCUGGAACACCAAUCAUAAUGUUAUAUACAUUGAUAAUCCAGUAGGCACAGGGUUCAGCUUUACAAGAAAUGAUACUGGUUAUGCUAGAAAUGAAACAGAUGUUGGCAGAGAUCUUUAUGUUGCCAUGGUGCAGUUCUUCACAAUGUUUCCUGAGCUGCAGCACAAUGAUUUUUUCGUCACUGGAGAAUCUUAUGCAGGGAAGUAUGUUCCAGCCUUGGCAUACACCAUCCACAAGUUGAAUCCUGCAGCAAAAUUGAAGAUAAACUUGAAAGGAAUUGCAAUAGGAGAUGGUUUUUGUGAUCCAAUUUCUAUGGUGGAUUAUGGAGACUUCCUCUAUUAUAUUGGUUUAAUUGAUGAUAUUGACCUAAAAUACUUCAAGAAACAGAGUGCACUGGCAGUCUCUUACAUGAAUCAACAUGGAGUGGCUUAAGGCCUUUCAGGUAUUUGAUGACCUUCUGGAUGGAGACAAAACAGGAUACCCACCAUACUUCACCAAUGUAACUGGCCUUACAAACUACUAUAACUACAUUGCUAAUGGAGAGCCUGAGGAUAUGCAGUAUUGGACACAAUAUAUCAACA